AUGCAGAACUUUCCCUGGGACAACUACAGCUCUGUGUCUGAGUUUAUUCUUCUGGGUUUUUCCAGAGACUCCCAAAUUAAUGUGAUUCUCUUUAACAUAUUUCUCUUUCUCUACCUCUGUACACUUCUGGGUAAUGGGCUUAUUGUAACAUUGAUUCACCGGGACUCUCGCCUCCACACACCCAUGUACUUCUUCCUCAGUGUCCUCUCCAUGCUGGACAUGAGCUAUGUCACCACCACCGUGCCCCAGAUGUUGAUACAUCUGGUCCGCCAGAAGAAAACUAUCUCCUACGUUGGAUGUGUGGCCCAAAUGUACAUCUUCCUGGUAUUGGGCAUUACUGAGGGCUGGCUUUUCUCUGUCAUGUCCUACGAUAGGUAUGUAGCCAUCUGCUAUCCACUCAGGUACAAGGUCAUAAUGAGCCCAUGGUUAUGUUGGGCAAUGGUGGUCUUCUGUGGGUUAUGGGGUAUCAGCUGCUCCCUAGUCUACACUGUCUUUACCAUGCGUCUACCUUACUGUGGCCCAAAUGAAAUUAACCACUUCUUCUGUGAGGUCCCUGCUGUCCUGAAGCUGGCUUGUGCAGACACAUCCCUAAAUGACCGGGUAGAUUUCAUCCUGGGCUUCAUCCUUCUUCUGGUACCUCUUUCCUUCAUUCUGGCCUCUUAUGUCCGUAUCUUUGUCACCAUUUUGAAAAUACGCUCAACUCAGGGUCGACUUAAAGCUUUUUCUACCUGUGCAUCCCAUAUCACUGUGGUCACAAUGUUCUGUGGACCUGCUAUGUUUAUGUACAUGAACCCUGGGGCCAAUGCCUCCCCAGAGAGGGACAAGAAACUAGCCCUGUUCUACAAUGUCAUCUCUGCCUUUCUUAACCCCAUCAUCUACAGCCUCAGAAACAAAGAUGUGAAGAGGGCUUUCCUCAAGUUAAUAGGCUUGGGCAGGACCACUGAGUGA